ACGCAGCUAAGGACUAGUACCUUGCUCAAACAGAUGUGGCUUUUGAAAGCUGCCCAAAAAAGUCUAUUCUCCAAUCACAAUAGAGAAGAAGCCUGCUAGGGUGGAUUUACAGAAUGAUAUUUGUUAAAAUGACAGCUGCCCACAUUGAAAUUGUGUCAUGUAGUUAAUUUAUUAAUAGAAGCUUGAGGAAAGGCAGCACAGAGGAGAGUGCAGGGCAGAAGUCGGGGCUGGAGGCAGAGGGCUGUGCUCGACCCUUCUGGGGCUUCCACUGGCUGCUGAGCCCCAUAAUUCACAUAAAAUAAGUCAGUAAACACAUAACUGGUUGUUUAUUUCACUGAUACUGGGGUGGUUUAUUUAGCUGAUGUAUGUGCCAUUUUCUGAAAAUACAAACAUUGUAGAAGGGUUACAUAAAACCACUAGGAAAAAUUGAAGGCAGUUUCUAAUUAAUUUUGCUAAGUUAAAGUAAACAUUCUAAUUUUUAACAUAGAGGGAAAGUUGAUUGUUGUAACAGAAGGGUACUUAAAUUUUUGUUUGGUGACAGGAUUAUUUUUCUUGAUUGUUCUGUGAGAUCCUUGAUACCAUGUUUUCCCCAGCAAGAGAGUUUUCAGCUAGCACGUUGGUUUUUUUUUUCCCUGCAACUUCAGGCAAUGUAAUGGUACAUUGCACCACAGACAUACAGCAUUAGGGACCCUAAUGAGACAGAGGCCAAACACCAUAAGAAGUUUAAACACUGCUGCAUUAGAAUAUGAGUAUAAUUUGGUUUGGGUCAGAGAACAAGUUGUUUAGUAGGCCAAAGGUUAACUUGCGGCAUAUAUUUUAGAUUGCAAGGGGCUUUUUUCCACAUACUAUUAAAAAGCAAAUUGAGUACAUUUAAUAAGUCUGUUCCACCUGGACAGUCAGAAAACAGCAGCAUCUGCUGUCCUACUGGAUGCCUCCAUGCUAUACGAUGUGCUGGAGCCUUUGGUGAUGCUAAAGGGUUUUGUUCCUUCUUUGAAUUCACUGACAAAAAAAAUCUGAGUUUUUAGCAGAACACAUGUGACAUCCUAAUAUCAAAGGUCUAUGGAAGAGCUUGUUUUGGAUUUCAUUUAUGCAAUGAAAAAUUGCAAAGUAUUUUUAAGAGAAGUAUAAUAUAUGUGCAUGAUGCUUCCAUAGACUAUAAUAUCUGCAUUCACAGUCAUUGGAAGAAAAUGAGGGUAUAGACAUAAGGGCAUGAUUGGUAAGUAGAUGUCAGGCUCACUGCUUGGUUUUGCAGGGAUGUUGAGAAGGUGGGUUGCCAAAUGUCAUUGUUAUGAGUGAAAGUAUUGCAAAUCAGUGUUGUUAAUUUCCUUGCUGGACACAGAAGGAGAAAAUAUUUUGCCUCCAUCACUAGUGGUUCUUAUGGCUUGUUGAUGGCAGUCAUGGUGUUGUAGACUUGCUUCAGACUCUAUUCAGCUUUAAAGAACUCACAGAGCAGGACUGUAGUUUUUCCUUAUUUUAUUUUUACCUUUGUAAAUAGAUCCAGUGGGGUAUUUUCUGCUUUAGGAAGUUAGAGGUCAGGGCCUUGUAUAUUUUAUUAAUAUCAACAAUAAAAAGGUUAUUUUAUGCAGCUUCAUGGGUAUGCAUAUAAUAGCACACUGUAUAUUAUGACAUGCCCUUUAAAAUCUAAGCAUAUAGAGAAUAAAGGGAAGAUGACAAGAAAUACCAGAGUACAACUAAAUUUCUGCUUCUAAUAUGAAAAUACUUUUGUUCAUUAAUGGUGCGUUUCAUUUACGCACCAGCUAAAUUCUGUGAGUUGUUCUCAUAUGUAUAUUUAUUUGGAUCUUUUUUCUUGUGUUCUUACCACUUACUGUGUAGUGUAUUUCAUAGUUCAAACUUGGAAUUAUUUUUCAUUUGAGGAGAUGAGGAAAAAGGCAAAAUACUGACAUGAUUUGCACGUAAUUAUGUAUUUUGCACUGAAGCUAUGAAAAGCUGUAAACUGAGUCUAAAACUCACCUAUGACAGCAUGUUCAGGAUGGAAAAGCCCAGUCUGCACUUCACUGUGACCAUAUGAAAAGAAACAUUGCUUCAUACACUGAGACCACUGGCAACAAUAAAUGCAAACAUAGUACAGAGUUGUUUUUUUUCAAUCUAUGUAUUUCUCCCUCAUUUUUCUAAGUCAAUUGCAGUAGAAUCAGUCAUUUAGAAUUUUUUUAACAAAAGUGUUGUCAUUAUUUUCAGGAUAUGAAAUAUAUGUUAAAUGCGUCUUAUUUUUAAUUAUUUUUUUACCCAUUAUGCUCAGUAACUAUUGAGGACUGCAAUAACCUUGUGACCCCUGGGGCUCAUGGUACCAUUACCUCUGUCAUUUUCCCUACAAAGCAAGAGAGAAGAAAAAAGCCCCAAAUUUGCUGAGCCACACAUUUCAAGUUGUCGACAGCCCCAUCCACAAGAAAACAGAGGAAAAUAUAUAUGCACUCUGUCCUGUCAAAAGGCUUUCACCUUAUCUUGAGAGACUGUCAGGGCAGGAACAUCAUGGAAUGGACAGGAGUCUAUUAAAUUAAUAAGCUGCUGGAUGGUGUCUGGAGAGUUAUGAUGCUCCAUAAAUCCAGUUUGAUCAUGGUGGACAAGGUUUAAAUCUGCAGCCUCCUAAUACACAUCCAGGUCCUGGAUUGGAUUUUAAGUUUUGUGCUGGAGACACAGAGAUAGUCCUGUAGCUUGUGAAUUAAGAUUUAUCAUUUUUUCAUACUUUUUUUUUCCCCCUAUACUUCCUGACAAAAAUGAAAACACCUUAGGGAUCCUGGCAAAUGUUAGAGCUUGAAAUGAAAGAGCUGUUGUCAAGGUGAAACCAUGACCUAGAAGCCUAAUAUCAAACCUGGGUCAUUCUUUGCAGGCAGCUCCAUUGGUGCUGAGUAUAAAAUGUUUGUAUGUGAGGAGACAAGGCAGAAUUAAUCUGCAGCCUGUUUUAUAGUGAUUCUUAUUAAAUUCUUCUACUGUGUAGUUGUGAUACAAGACAAACUAAUGGGGUACCAUGUAAAAGGAAGAGCUGAAAAAUGUUGAAAUACAUUCUUCCCCCAUUCCAGGUGUUUGUGUGUAUAAUGGACUGAGAUGUGAGAAUUCUAUGUCCUCUAUCUGCAAAUAGAUUAAGCCUGAUGCUAAUAAGAGAAGACCCUUCUGUAGCAUUCAAGGUGCCAAGCUCCCAGCCAGACCUGUGUGAUGUGCAGCCGUGAUGUCCAAGUGGGCAGUGGAACUGGGCUACUUGGAAUGCAGCAUUGAAAUCUUGCUGGGUGUAUUUUUGUCUUUAGCAGCUUAAAAGCAAGGCAAUUAUUAGAGCACAGUGGGUGGAAUUCAAGUGUUUCUUGGCCACUUAAUUGACCUGCACACCACUGAUUUAUUAUUAGGUCCCUAAGCUCCUAUUGCUCUUACUCUGGAGACCCCAGUAGGUGAUUACUGUGCUUGCCUGCACAGGCAAUGGCAGAGCCAGCAGUUCUCUCUUCUCAAACUCUGUAGCCAUAUUUUGGAUCCUGAGUAAUUUAUUUAUUGAUGAUACUUAGACUCUGUGUUAAAGCAAUUUGUGCUCAUUUUUGUUCUCAUUGUUAAUUUAGGAGCUAAAGGAGGCUUCCUGACAUUAGAGAAGUCUAAAACCAUGGUAUGUGUUAAAGGAGAUGGAUAGUUUGUGUUGCAAUACCAGGGACACUGACAUUUGUUUUAUGCUCAGGAAAAUGGAUUCAGAGACAAAAGAAAUUGAUAAAAAAGCUCUUUUGGAGUGUAGGUUUCCUUAAACAGAAAAUGGGGUCAAGAUAUCCAGUCAUCAGUCAUCCAUACAUACAUCUCCCUUCACCGUGUUUCAGGAAUUGCAUGAGAACUGUAGCUAGAGAUCAUGUGUGACUGAAUCCUGACCUCUCUAUUGAUCCUGGGGAUCAAUGUGUGUACUCCUGAUCCAAAGAUCAAUGUCAGCGUUUCUCUCCUUCUCCCGUGGUGUUCCAGCUCUGCUCACUAGGGUAGGCAGAGGCCACAAGGAGCAGGGCUGCUCAGCCGAGCACCGUGGUGCUGAGGCCAGCACUGCAGAUCACAUCUGUUUUUCCUGAUGCAAUGGAGAUUGCAGCCUAUUCUUUGAGGCAGGGUAUGAAGUGGAUACAGUGAAGUGGGGAGAGGGGAGACUGAAGGUUACAGAAAGAACUCCAGCAUGGCAGAAAAUACAGGAGCCUGCACAGACACUGCAGGUCUCCUUGCCCUUGAGGCAGGAUGUUCCUGGUGCCUACAGGUGCCCUUCUUCUCACUAGGGCUGGGGCACCCCUCAGUCUUCCCAACUCAAGAAAUGGAAGAAAAUGUGGAGAAGUUGCAACCUGCUUCAAUAUGUUUUUAAUAUCUAAGGAAUGAGCUCGUGUUACUGCAAACACAGAGAGAACGUAGCAGCCUUUUUAAAAUGUAACUUCAGUGUUAAAAAAAAUAUGGAAAAACUUGCUGUUUCAGAUUUGAUUUUUUUCUUUCUUGUUUCGGUUUCAUUCUGUCAGGGCAUGUGGAGCAAUGUGAUGUUGACAACCAAAAGUCCAUGCUAGAGCAUGCUCAAAUUGUGAUAUUUGAAGCAAGCUGUGAUGUUGAAACAGAUCUAGUAGAAAUGUUCUUUAACAGAGUGGUGAUGCAUAUGACUGAAUUGGUCGGUGGCAUGGAGAACCAAGGCUUCUUUCUGGAACAGAAAUUCCCUGUAAGACAAUUUCCUGUGAUAAUAUCAUAGUAUGUAGGCAAAUAUAUUUGCAUACAUGAAUAUACAUAUAUAUAAACAGAAAUCAAAACCUCAGGCCUCAGUUAAAUACCUCAGCCUGUACUGAACUCAAGCUGCAGAAGUUUCUGAAAUCUCUUCCUACAGCUGCAAUAUAUACUUCUGCAUGGGUGGCUCCAUCUAUUCUAAACAAUUAUACCAGCACAGGUUAGUAAUCAUGAGGAGGAAAUAUUAUUUGAAAACAACUUUAGAAGAUAGAACCAGUCCUAGCUAGCAGUGUUAAGCCUUAAGAAAAUAACUACUAUUAGCUUUAUCAAUUACAGAAGAAUGUUAGUUUUGCAAUAAAGUGAUGAAAAUAGAAGACAACAUAAAGAAAAAUAGGCAAUUUACAGAGUGCAAACCAAUGUAGAAAGACUGUUGAAAAGUUAAAUUGCAAUAGAAACAUUAGAAUAGACAUUUAUUCUGAUGUAUCAGAUGGAUUAAGUAACCAUUGUAACUUUUUUAUUUGAAAAAAUUGAAAUGCAGUCAGAUAAUACAUACAGGGCAGUUGAAAUUUUCCUUUUACAUUUAAGGACAGUGCACUAAUUAUUCAAGAUCUGGAAAAAUGAAAGAUAUGUUUAAGAAAACUGAGAAUCAUGGUGUUAACAGGAAUUGACUAAUAUGAAUCAUAGAACCAUGGAAUGGCCUGGGUUGGAAGGAGCUUAAAUAUCAUCUAGUUCUAACUAUCCUUCUGUGGACAGGGACACCUUCCACUGACCAGGUUGCUCAGAGCUCCAUCCAGCCUGGCCUUAAACAUUUCCAGCGAUGGGCCAUCAACAACUUCUAUAGGCAACCUGUUCCAAUGUCUCACCAUCCUCACAGUAAAGAAUUCUUUAGUUAAUAUGUAAACUAAACCUACUCUCUUUCAGUUUGAAGACAUUCCCCUCUGUCUGUUGCUUCAUGCUUUGUCAAAAGUCCCUCUCCAUCUUCCUUUCAUGUUCUGGAAGGCCACAAUUAGGUCAUCUCAAAGGCUUCUCUUCUCCAGGUUGAACAAAUUGAAUUCUCUUGGCCUUUCCUCAUAAGAGAAGUGCUCCUUCCCUCUAAUCUUGGUGGCCUUCUCUGCACUCACUCCAACAGGUCCAUGUCCUUUCUGUGCUGGGGACCCCAGAGCUGGAUGCAGCACUCUGGAUGGGGUCUCACCAGAGAAGAGUAAAGGGGCUGAAUCACCUCCUUUGAUCUUCUUCCCAUGCUGCUUUUGAUGCAGCUCAGGACUUGUUUGGCUUUCUGGGCUGCAAGUGCACAUUGCUGGAUUUUUUCCAGCCUCUCAUCCACCAGCAUCCACCCAAAUCCUUCUCAGCAGGGCUGCUCUUGAUCUGUUCAUCCCCCAGCCUGUAUUGAUGCAAGGGUUACUCUGACUCAGGUGCAGCACCUUGUAUUUGAUCUUGUUAAACCUCAUGAGAUUCUCAUGGGCUACUUCUCGAUCUUGUCCAAAUCCCUCUGGAAAGAUCCCAUCCUUGAGGUGCAUCACCCACAGGUGUGUCAGCUUGGUGUCUUCUGCAAAUCUGCUAAGGGUGCACUUGAUCCUUUUGUCUGUGUCCUUAAUAAAGAUAUUAAAUAUCACAGGUCCCAGUCGGAACCCCUGAGCAACACCAGUUUUCUCUGAUGUCCAUGAGGUCUCUGAGAUGUUAAACACUGUCCUCUGGAUGUGACUGUCCAAUCAUAUUCUUAUCCAUCUAGAAGAUCAUCCAUCAAAUCCAUCCCUCUCCAGUUCAGAAAGCAGGAUGGUGUGGAGGACUGUGCUAGAGGCUUUACAGAAGUCCAGACAAAUGACAUCUGUUGCUCUUCCCUUGUCCACUGAUGCAGUCAUUGCAUCUCAGAAGGUCGCUGGGUUGGUCAGGCAAGACCUGCCCUUGGCGAAGCUGUGCUUACUUCAAUUGAAAACUAAGAUGAAGUAUUGUUGUUGGUCUUUAGCUGAAACUAAUGUUCAGACAUGUGAGAAUAGAAGCAUCUGAGAUGUAGGGGAGGUAGUGUUGUUUUUGGCCAGACAAAACAUUUACUGACAUGAUAAGAUGGGCAAUUGAACUCCAAGUAUGAGAUGAAAAGGAACUGUUUUAUACUAGGAAAUGAGGAGGGUGGCAUGAAGUGAUCACUAUGCAUCUUCUAUUAAUAACCCGUUCUCUUAAAUGUGAACAGGCUCACUUUUAUGGUGACUGCACGUGCAUUUUAAUGGAUUUAAAUUAUGUGAGGUUUAAAUGCAUUUUCAAGUUACAAUUAAAUGAAAAUUUAAAAUAAGACUGACAGAUUGCUAAGGCUAAGCCAGUUCUAUGAUUAAGGUUCAAUUAAAUUAUAUUUAUCAUGGGAGCAAAUGAAGUAUAAAAUCACAAACAAUGAUAUUUUUCAGUGGCUUACUUUGGUGGAAAGUGUAGUCUGAAGUAUGACUUCGAGACUUUUAUCUUUCAUUCCCUCCUAAAGUAGAAAUUAAUUAGGGCUAAACAAGCAUUGGCUGUAGGUUCAGAACCCUAUCCCGAUUCUUUCGUGGACCAGUGGUCCAGGAGCAAUUUACUGUUUGUCAUGCAAAGUAUUAUGUAUUUUAUUUGGGUUUAACUAGCUAAGUUAAGGGGAAAGUUGAAAUUUUAUUAGUUGUUUAAGGAAUUAACUGGUUUUGUUGCUUUCAUGUGAGCCACUUCUGGUCCUUUGCACUUUCUUAACAGAUCUGCUGAGAUGGAUUCUUUAAAUAUGAUUCUUUCUCUUUCCAUGUACUUUCUAUGUAAAUCACUAAAUAUCAGAAGCUCUGCAGUGAGUCAAGAGAAUGCUGGGUUUGUACAUGCCAGCUAUUUCUCAGUUUUAUCCAGUGUACCAUAACAAGUGAAGCACGACAGUUUUCUAGCUUGCCACAGUAUGAUCUUCAGCUUUAUGUGGGUGUGGCACUGGUGCUCUGUAUUCUUGAUAUAUUUCCUAAAAUUCAUUAUUUAUUUGUUCUUCCUUUUUCCUACAGAAAUAUGAGUAAAAGGAAUUAUAUUCUGCAUUCUCUUUAUUGAUUUGAUCUUAAUUUUAUAAUCUAGGACAAGUGGAUUAACUUUGGACAUUGAGCAGCUUGAAUUUUUUGAUAUCUUUAAAAAAUUAUCCACACCAUCUUAAAAAUUUUUCUUUUAAAAUGCCAUUUAUCUCCUUUUUAAAAGAGUGGUGGUAAGCAGGAAAAAAUAAUUUUGGAUCAAUUACACCUAAAAAAGCUCUAUAAUAUAUUCAGCUAGAAGAUUCUAAAAAAGUGAUGUGCUGAUACAUGACCUUCUUCUCUUUGAGAACAUAUGAACACAUCCAGGAAAGUGAAGCAUAAUUCUAGUGCUAGUGUGUCCCUAAUUAUUGCAAAGCCUAAACAUUUGAAUAGUUGACUACUCAAAGGACUAAUUGUACAGGGAGGAUUCAGUUCCUGAGUAAAACACAUCUCCAAAAGCUCCCAUUGGGAAGUUUUUCCUUAACAAAAGCAUAUUCCUAAACAGGAUUCUUUUCAGCUGUUAAACUGAUACACAGGAGAUCCAAGAGUUGGUCUUCAAGCUGAAGAUAUUGAAGAAAAUUCUUAAGUUCAGGACUGCUAUAUUUUGGUGUUAGUCUUGUAGGGCGGGAUCAUGUCCCAUGUGUCAUCUCUGGAAUGUGGAUGUUACAGGGGAAUCAAUAGAAGCUGAUUAGCAGAGGUUUUCUUUGAGCACUUCGGAGUGUCAGUGCCCCAUUAAUAUCCAGAAGCAUUCUUUCUUUUUAAUUAGUUUCUUUACCUUCUUUCUUUCUAGAGAAAAGUUGAGUCAAUUUGCUUUUGAAUUUUGCAGACUCCAGUCACUAAUAUUGUUAGUUAAUUAGCUAGUUAUUAUUUUUUAAUAAUGUUGGCUACUGGGGGAGAAGAGAGAUCCUGCAGGUUUUAACAGUAAAUCUGAAUCUAUUUUGUCUUUUGGAAAUGGCCCAAACAGAUUUUACCUGUAUGCUACAAAUCAAACACCUGAUUUAUUGAACUGGAUCACUUUCAUAGUAGCAGCUUGUCAGAUCCUGGUAAAAGGUUGCCUCUGAUUCAUGUUUCAAUGAAUUGAUUUGCUGUGGCCCCACAGAAUUAGCUAGUGGAUGCACAUGAACUAAACACAAUGAAAACAAAUUUUUACAGCGUUCCUAUUGCUGUUAUUUAUUUUCAUAUGGCAAUUGUCAUGACAAUGGGUUAAUAUUUACUAAGUGAAGGAGUUUAGUAGAAAAAUACCAUAAGUAAAGGACACAAAAACAAAGAAAAACUCUAGGAAAAAAAUAUUUUUACUCGAGAAACAAUCUUACUUUCCUAUGAUAUUGUUAAAGAAAACUUUGAGUUUUAACUCAGUAUUCUCGUAGACUUGCUUCAUAUAUAUUAUUUGCUUUAUCCUGACAUAAAUGUUCUUUCUGUGGAAAAUAGACUUCUUUCAUAGCACUAAACCAGUUAGGCUAUGUCCUUAACACAGGGAACAGCUGUUAAUGUUUCAAUAUAUUUAAAAUAUUUUUAGUAUAUAGUCUUUGGUUGGUACAUUGUUGGGUUUUUUUUGUUGUUGUUGUUUUUUACAUCACAGACUGUUACCUUCAUUGGCAUCUACUGGUACAAAACAGAUGUAAUGGAGCAAAAGACCCAUCCCAUAAUUUUCCUCAUUCAUUGUUCUCAUUUCAUUCCUGAUUUUCUGACUCUGCAGAAAUUCAGGUGCAUAGAGGAAAUGUCUAAAGAAGAAUGAGCCACAUCUCUGAGUAGUCCUUUCUUAUCAUGUAUAAUGUACCAUAAAUUGUAUGUACCCAACAAUAGUGAACUCUGCCCUCCAGAGAGUGAAAAAAAAUGCCACUAGUCAGGGUAAGUAAUCAGCAGGGACUUACAGGUCCCUUGACAUCCUUUCAUCAUAGCUCCUAAAUAUUGUCUUAGCAGUAGGGCUCUUUGGCAAAUUGGAGCACAAGAGAGAAAGCACAUAGGACUUCAUGUAGAAUUCAGGCAAUGAAAAGGAACUGCCAGAAGUAACUGAAUCCCAGCAUUUUGAUACAUGGCUUGCUUAACUAAAAAGGCAUUUGUUCCCUUUUGAAAAUGGCAUGCAUAAUUCUACCUUUUUCAGAGCUCAUAUAGCAGUCUAUGGGUGAUAAUCUAGUGUUUAACUACACGUAGCUGGACUGCUAAAUAAGUUUUGCAGAGUGAUAGUCUGCAUAUCAUGUGGCAUCUUCAAAAUCAUUUUUAUUAUCUGGCCAGAAUAUUUAGUAUAAACUGAAGUAACAGCACACAAGAAAGAAAAACAAUUUUACAGUAUUCUUAAUGUCUGAGCAGCCCAAAUAGUGAGUGUAUGACUUACAGCAUUUGUCACUGAAAUGCAGGAAUAUUUUUCUUGAUUUCAAGUGUUUUUAAAUGCUCUGUAAGAUGUUCAGUAGGAGAGUGCAUGCUUUUAAGGCAGGAGACAAGAAGCAAACAUUUCAAGCCUUUUUGUUUAGGAACGAUUUGGAUGCUUAGCAUGUCUGUUUACAUCUAUCACUAUAAAGUCAAGAGAGUAAAGAAUUAUUUGGAAAGAUAUUGAUGGAUUGUUGAAAUAUAACUACUCAGUCAGUGAGACUUUGAUAACUCUUACAUAUACUUAGCGUCAAAGGUGCUGACAUGUAACAUGGCUGUAUUUCAUUAGGUUUCUGUAAGGAAAAUGGGGAUUUUUCUGAAUUCAUUUGAUAUGCUUCUUUUUCUUUAUUUUUUUCUUUUUUCAGCAUAGAUAACUCUUGUUUUGGGAAAUUUUAACAUACAAUUUUUACUUACUCAUCGCAUGGAUAACUCGCAGCUUAGAGAGUUUCUUACAGUAGUUCCUUAGAAUUUGAAAUCUUUCCAGUUCUUAGUUUACUGCAAAUUUGUUUCUACCUGAGGUCACACUAUUUCUCAGUACUAGCAACAAUUUUUUUGUAAACUUGUUAUCAUCCUGUCAUAAGGAGAAGAAACUAAAACUUGAAAUACUAGCAGCAGUUUUUUGGUAUUUCAUUUGCAUCACAGUGACACAUAGCUUUGAAUAUGGACCUUAAUUCACACUUCCUCAGAAGGCACUAACAUUUGGGAGAAGGUUGUAAUUCUUGAAAUAUUUUUUUUCAGACUUGUACCCUUCCUUAAGUCAAAGUUUGAUCCAAUCUUAGGGCAUUAUGUAAAAUUUUUAAUUGGGAGAGAUUGUGAAGACCUGUUUCCCUUGGACAAAAGGAAAUAUAGAAAGGCAACCAAAGAGACUGAACACAGUGUUAUUCUAAACCGUGAGGUUGUUCAUAGGUUCAUAGGUUCUAGUGUGCUGGUGAUAUAGUUUCAACAGAUACACUAAGGAAGUGCCAAGACCAGCUUUUACAGGGUUUUCUUUCUUUUUUUUUUUUUAUUUCCCUUUUUUCCCCCCCUCCUCCUCUUUCUCUUUUAAUCCCUGUGGGGCUCUGUGAUUUUUCAUAGCUGGACUAAAGUUGUGUCAACGGGAGACUUCCACCAUAAAGACUGAAAUGUUAAAGAAAGCUACAAGGAACAGCUUUGAGGCAAGGUUUCAAGCUUUGUCAUCACGCUUGAAGAAUUUUCUGUUUAAUGUACUGUAAUGCAGUAUUCAAUGGGGACAAGUUUAAUUGAGUUUUACACAACCCAGUUGGGAGUAGCGCUGCAAGGUAGGUGAUGUCUAGGUUUUUAAUCUUCCACUCCAGAGAGGCUUGUUGACGAAGUGGUUCUUUCUCUUUGUAAGAAAAAAGGGAAGCAUGAGAAAUGAUACAUCCGUGGAUAAAACCAAUUGGCAACCCCCAAAGGAAUGAGGGCGAUAAGGCGAAUCCAGCACUUGUAAGAAAUAAAAGAAUCCAACUGUUCAUUUAAAUGAGAAACAACACAUGUGAUUGAGGAGGCAGGGAGGCUGGGCACUGGAGUGGGGAGGAAGGGACUAAUAAACAGAGUGGCUGGUGUUGGGAGUUAGGCGUCCUGCAAAAACAAACCAGGGUUUGUUAGGCAGAUUACCAAAGAGAUAGUUAAUGACAUGUAUUUUUUAAAGUAAAAGGAGAGUCGAGCAUUUCCUAUGCUGGAGAAGGUGGCUGAAGUGGCAGGAGGGAGGAAGCUGCUGUUAGGCAAAGCCCUACUUAAAGAAUCACUAUUCCUUCCCUGAGGCCUAACAGCAGCUCUCUAUCAAACAGCAUAAAAAUAGCACUGGACCCUGUCAAAGAGAAAAUAAUACCUUCUGUGUAAGCCUCAGUGUAUUAAACUGUAGUCCUGUUCAAGUUACUUCUCCUAGAACUUAAGCAGCCGAAAGGAUAAAAGCAUGCAGUCAAUAUACUGCCAAAUCAUCUCCCUGCUCUGGCUCUGCAUCCCUGCUAAAGAAAAAAAGUGUUUAUCUCUCUCUAAAAGCACUGUCUGCCCUUCAUGAAAAAUUCUGCUCUUGCCAAUCAUGUACAAUUAUGUGUUAGAGCUUAUUUUAAUUUUUACCUACAAACCAAUACUCUUCCGCUUGUUUUCUCUUAAGAUAUUUAAGAGAUUUGACCUGGUAGGUGACUGAAACCGUUUGCUUGUUUGACUGUUUUGUCCUUUAAUGCUUAUAUUGGUGUUUUUGUUCAGGGAGGUUUUCCUCCUUGCUCCAGAGUCAUUUGCUGGAGGAGAAGCUGUGCUGUGCACAGAGUGUUUCCAGCUCUCUUCUGCCAUAUUACAAUCUCUCAUUUUGCCCCAUCUGAAUCAAGUGACGUUUUUUGUAAAAUGCACUGAAUACCAUUGUUGGCAUGAGCUCAAACAAGCUGUAGUUGUGGAGUGCUUUGCUGCCGAGGAAGGUGUUUACACACCUUUAGGGGAGGCUGUGGGGCAGAAGGGCAGCCAGCCAGGCCAGCCUUGCACACCCCUCACAGGCUGCCUUCCCAUUCCCCAGGCAAGCUCCAGAACCAAGUUUAGCCUACACCUUUUUACAGACUCACCAGCAGCCCCUUCUUUGGCCUUUGGCUCCCACACCCACCCCAGGGGAGGGCAGGCAGCCGUGGCUGAAGUUCAGCCUGCUCUAGGGAGGAGAGCUGGGGGUGGGUUUCAUAAUGGUGCAGAAAGCCUCGGUAACAAGCUCUUGUGUGGGAGGGUUGAAUUUCACACACAGAACAUAUAUGGGGAGAGAAAUUGGAAAUGGCAUCAGAAUAUGCAGAAUUUGCACUGUGCUGCUUUCCGAGGUACCACCAGAAUCCCUGUUAAAUUUAUAAAUACAGUGCACAUGCAAAGUGUAGAGCUGAGCAAAUAAUUCACAAUGAAUAAUUUAUCUGACAAAUUUAGCCUUUUUUCUGCUCAUGAAAUAUCCAUGAACAGAUCUGUGAUUUGUAACUGCAACCUUUACAGUGCAUUAGCAUAGGGUUUUUUUAAUUUAAUUUCCUUGUGUAGUUUGGUGUAAAAAAGUAAUUCCUUGUUAUUAUUCAUACUAGCAUUUUAAAUAGUCCAAAAACAGACUUUGAAGUUCAGGCAUGGACUAAGAGAAGGGGCGAAGGAGACAGGUGUUUUUACCUUGCUGCUGCUGCUAUUUGUCCAGAAACAUUUUUUUCUGUAUGCUACAUUUACAAGGACACCUCACAACAUUUUUUAUUUUCACAGCCUCUAUAUUUGCUAUAGAAAAACACAGAGCCACCUCUUCUUUAAUGGAAGACAAUAUUCUGAGAAAUAACAUCCAAUAAUAAAAAAAAAAUAAUUGGGGUAAAUACUGAGGUGGGAGGUCUUGGAAGGAUGGGGCUGCACUCCCACACUUUGUUAAGAGCAAUGCAAAUUUUGAAGGAUUUGCCAUUUAUCUGUUGUAACACCUCAACUAUAUCCCUGUUAUAUCCUGAAAAUAGCAUCCUUUUGGAUGGGCUGAAAAAUGGCAUCUGCAUGGCCUGAAAUAAUAGGGAGAAAUGAGACUCACAUUUCAUAAGACCUUUGCAAACUUUGUAGCCCCAUUUUCAGAACAAAAUGCUUGUGGCUAAAGAAACAUAAACUAAACCCCUUUGGUUUUCUGAGAUAAAUGGUUUGAAAAUGUAGCAUUAGCAUGUGUGCUUUCUGAAUAGUCUUAACAUGAUUUUUUUGCUCCAUAAUCUCUUCAUCUUUCUAUUCUAAUACUUUCUCUACAGUCAAGCAAGCUCAUCACUGUUUACUCUGGAUUAAACUGUGAGGAGUUUAAACAAUUUCACUUAAGUUAUCAAUUGAAUCUCUUUGCAGCUUUGUUACAAGUAGAGGUAGGAAUUUUUACUGGUGCUAACCUAAUGAUUUACUAUGAUUUCAAAAUUUCUAAAAUAUUUUUAGCAUAACCCAAAUUAUUCCUUAUGUAUGUACAACAAAACCUAUGAUGUAACCUGAGAGGUAAUGCUUAAGAAAUGGACAGAAAUGAAAGAAAAUUCUGUUGAAAAACUUUAAUUAAGUGGGCCUGCUCUAGCCCAAAUAAUUUAUUUUUUCUUCAUUUGACAUGUUUAAGAACAAUGCAUGGUUUGUGAGGGUCUCACAGAGUUAGUAUAUAGCUCUGCUCAGAAGAACAGCUUUAACAAUACCUAUCUGGUCAAUAAUCUCAAUAAUCUACUUACUCUUCUCCACAUGCAGAAUUAGAUCUGUAGGCUUUGCUGGGGAAGAAGGUUUACUCUCUCUUUUCUGAUGGUAUGGCAGAAAAGAAAGAGUCAGUUGGAUAUUACCUAUAUGUUUUCUUCUCAGAACAAGUUAGUAAAUUCUAAGUGUAAAUUUAGCAGUAAAAACCUGCUAAAGGUAUUAAAUAUCUUUGAGAGCUGCCAUUAAAAAAAGACCAAAUUUGGUCCUCAGAAACACCAUGCUCAGUGAUGAGUGAUGCAGAAAGAACCUUUCAAAGCCAGGAUGAGUUUACACAACUGCUACUUCUUAUAAAUGCAUCCACUGCACAUAGAAAGAAUUGAGGUGUCAUGAAAAGUCCAGCAUCUUUUUAUAUAUUUAUAAUAGGCCACGACCACACAUAAUUAAAAUGAGUAGUUCACUAACUCAUUUUUUUGGUAUUACAUAAUAACAAAGAAAGUUUUUAGGAAGAUUUCAAAGCAAAUCCCACAGCAGUCAGCUGAAAGAAGGAAUUUUGGCAUUUCUCCAUCCUGCAGGCAUGACAGUUUCAGAUACAAGAAAAAUAGGCAUAAGAUACUCUUCUUGCCUUCUUUAAAAAGCUGUUUCAAGCAAAGGAAAACCCAAAUGCUCUCAGUGAAUGAAGUAUUCAUACUUCUAAUCCCCCAAAAUGUUGGUGUAGGUAGAUUAGUAUUAUUGCUUUUAUUAUAAUAAAAGUAGAUACUAUAGCAGGUUGUCUGGAAUAAUUCCAGAUGUCAAGAUCCAUCCAUUCUUGCAUCCAUCCAAAUUCAUUGAAAUCAGUGCUCAACCUGAAUGGACAUCUCUGAGCAGAUCCAGCCAAAGUCUGGUGAAGGAAAAUCUAAUUUGGCAUCAGUGGAAUUUGGAUUUAGUUCAUAGGACAGACUGUGUCAAGUCUCUAGAUGUGAUUCUGACUUCAAGCCUUCUCAGCAUCCCAUUUGUAUAUGUCAUAGUUUUACAGCUGAGACUGACAUAAGAUCAGGGAAAAGUAUUUUCCAAGAGCCUCCAUACUGGACAUCUGUGUCCCUCUCACACAAGUAUAAAUGUUCAUUUGUCUUCUAAAGAAAAUGAAGUAGAGCAGAGCAUCACAGGACAUCCUGAUGCAGAAAACUGAAGCAGUCAAUAGACCACCUAUAUCUUUCCUUCAGUUGCACUCAGGUAGAGUAUUUUAGUGAAGUACAUUUCUCCAGCCUUCAUGCAGACAUAUAGACCAACAAUUUACAUAGGUCUCAAUCCCAAAGUUUGGGUUUUUUUUUUAAGUAAUAAUGAGUUUAAAAAAUUUUCUUUCUUUUACACGUAAAUGGUUUGUACCCAGGGAUGACAGACACAGCUACACCUGAAAACAUCUGGGUGGUCACUUCUUGAUGUGCUUGUUCUAAAAGAGGCCAUCAUGACCAUCCUGGGGGAAAGGAAAAUCCUGUUUCUGCACAUCAUGCUGUGGGAAGGAGACUUGGAGGUUUAUGACUUGCUGGAGCAAUUAGAGAAGCGAAAAAAUGCAGGGACAACUAAACAGAGAAGUCACAGAUGAUCCUAGGGAGGAAAAUAAUUUUGUUUAAAACUUGUGCUGGUAGGAUGAUCGUGCAAUUCAGUAACAGGAGAUAUUUCAAGUUAUUUCAAUCCAGUGUUUCAAUGGCAAAUCACGGCAUUUAAAUUGAUAACACUUCAGAGCAGUACAAAUUAGAGCUAAAUACCUGUGCAGCUGCAAGAAUUUUGUUUGAUUGUUUUUUCUUUCUGAAAGUUAAAAUAAAAUAAUAUAUUAUGAUAACAUAAUUAGGUAGGAAUCUGCAGAGCUUAAAUGCAGUCAGUUUCAUAAAGAAGUAUGGAAGCUGUUGCAAACAAAUGAAAACAUCACCCAGAAGCAGAGACUGAAAACAAGCAGGGAAAGAAUAAGAAAGUGAGAAUUCGUCUUUCUUUUAUAGAUGAUAACAUCAGCACACCUAUUAUUAAUAACAUAAUAUUUAAUCAUGAAUAUCUAUAAAUUUCCUAUAAAUAUCUAAGUAUUUGUUUUAUCUUACAUUGUAAUUAAUUUCUGACAUUGUCUUGAUGCAGCUGGAAACAAGUUCCGAGAAUAAACUCUCAAGAUUUCUACUUGUAUAUAUUAACUCUGACGUCUAGUAAUAAGCUCAUCUAUGGAUAUUUUUCAUUAUUUUACUUGGAAUCGAGUGAAGAUCAGAAAAUAAGCAUAAUGAUGUAUUAUGAAUAGAAUAAACUUUACAGGAAAUUUUUUUUUGGCAUUACAGAGUUUAGGGCAAUUUGGGAUUGCUUUCUAGAAAACAUUUUCUUUUUUUUUUUUCCCCCAUCCAGUCUCUGAGUUUUACAUUGAAAUUUAAAAAUGUGUUCAUUUUCAGAUAUUUUAUUGCAUUCCUACAAAUGGUGCCCUGAGCUUUCCCACUGAAUAUUUAGGUUUUGUCAAAACAAAACUCAGGUUUAUAUCUGCUUUUGCCAAAUUAAGACCUCAUUUCCAUUUCACCAGAAUUUAGGAAAAGGAAUUCUAAUGUGAGAUCAUUGCACAGUGAUUUAGCCUUCUAACUGAUGGUUUAGUAUUUUCAGAAAAGAUUAAAUUAAUUCAGUUAAGUUUGAAAUUUUUUAAAACAUUUUAAUUUAUUUAUUUGUGUAGAAUUAUAAGAUUUCUGUUGAAAUGGAGAGCUCUACAUUGCUGGGGAACAGCCCAAUUCUUUAGAAAAGGUAUUGCUAUUGCUAAAGAAUUGCAAGGAAUGAAUGAUUCCCAGGAAAUGAGCAAUAGAAAAUAUGGGCACAUUAAUCAGUACAGUUUUCCUUCCUUUUGCAAAAGAAAAAAAAAGAAAAGCAAGCAUGCAAGCAAGGAUCAUACUCUCUCUGAUAUUAAAAUCUAUGGGAAUUUGAUGAGAUAAAAGAAAUGUUAAAUGAACAUUCUUCCUCUAAACAGACAUGUCUAGAAAGGCAAUUUUAGUAGUACAGCAGUGUAGCAUUUUGUUUUUUCUGCAAUAAAGCCAUCAGAUCAAUAAAAAAUUAUGUAGCAGAUUAUUAUUACACUGUGCUCACUAUAGCUCUAAUCGUAAAUAAUACAGCAGUUAUCCUGGUUAUAUUAAUUAUAAUUAGAAUGCAGAUAAUGCAGACGGUCUUUUAUUACUAGAGCCAAAUCAAUUUUCCAGUGUUAUUCAAUGCAAGGUCACACAAAGUUGUUGAAGCUCUUAGACUUCUUAUGAAAUGACCUGCAUAUGUAAGAGAGGGUUUGGCUCAGCUGUGUAAGACACAUUGACUGGGAAGUGCAUUGAAAUAAUUACAGCCAUGAACUCUUGCCUGUAAUGGCAGAAUUUCAUUUUAUAAAGUAAGCAUAGCUGUAAUCCAGGCUCCUUUAUGGUGGGAAGCCUCAUAAAUCUUUCAGAGAAGACCAAGUCUUUCUCUUAUUUGUAAAGCAGAAAUCAAAAUGAAUUAGUUUCUGUUGUUAUUCUUUCCAUCCGUACUGUUGUGUUAAACAUACUGAGUGUGUUCAUGUUGUGUAUCAAUACAGAAAAAAAAUUAAAAUAAAAUACUUAAUGGAAACAUUUCAUUAUUUUAACUGAGACUGUUUUAAAGUUCACUCGUUUGGGCUCUGGCUCUCGUGCUUCACUUAAAGCUUUUAUCAUCCUUUAGGAUUGCAUUGGUUUAAUGUAUUUGUCUUCUAUCUCUCAUGGCUUCAGUUUAACUCAGAAUCACAGAAGAACUGAUAUGCUUAAAAUGUGCCUGUCUGUCCCGUAACUGAUGAGCAGAUUAGUAGGACACUGCCAGAUAAUCAUCUCUGAGAUGCAUUGGAUUCAUAUGCGUAAAUGACACAUGGCAGAGAGGGGGAAAGAUCGAGGAAAGUGUCUUUCAGUUGUGUGCUUUUCUGCUUUCUUUAAGCAUGAGUGCAGAUGGCCAUUAGAUAUGCUCUACGGUGGAUUCUUGCAGUUUGGAAUUUACUUUUCCUCUUUUUGCUCUAUGUGGUAUGCAUCAAAGUGCUUCUACAGAAACAAAGCAGCCAAUAGUAAACAGAGCAGAGCUGCAAGCAUGAGCUAGUUAGUGAGAGGCACAGUGCUAGGAACAAUGUGAAGAAUAAAGGGUUGGUUGCCAUUUGCUUGCUCACUUUGUUUUGCUUUGCUUCGUUACUCAAUAGAACAUAUGCUAGAGAAAAAAGGAAUAGCCCUCCACUGGACAAAAAAAAAGUGCAUUUAUUUGAAGAAUUGGUGAUACUUAAAUCUUUAAUAUUUCUCUCCAAAUUGUGCUCUGCGAUUUGCUUUUAAAUCAGCAGGAGUUUGGCAUGUGGAUGGGAGCAUAGCUGUCCAGGCAAUCUCCUACAUGCCCACAUGUGUUCAGCCUUACAUGUGGCCUCUAAGUCAUACCUUCAGUCAGCAGUCUGAUGGCAUUUCAAAAAGGGUCUCUGAUCACUUUUUGCUUUUUUUAGCUUGUCAUAAAUCCUAUUAUCAGCAGUACCUGAGCUUGAGGAAUUCAGUCAUUUGAAUCAAAAUGCUUCCUUCUGACAAUAACCAAGGAAGGAGACAAAGCCAUUUGGCAAGCAAAUGAAUCUUAAGUACACACACUGGAAAUGUUUAUACUUUGUUCUAGAUAAAUGUAGGCUGCAUUUUGAUAGUAUAUCAGUAUUCAGCUUAUAGAAUGUGAAUGGGAUUUAUGUGUGAGAGGAAAUGUGAGAGAAAUUGAGGAAGGGGUGUUAAGGAAAACUUGGUAUAAAUGGACUUUGAAGCUUUACUCAAAUACUGGAGAUAUGCACUGUCAAAUCAAAUUAUUCCAAAUGUAAAAAAUAUAAAUAAAUUAUCUUCAGAGAUACUUUUGUGACAUGUAUGAUGUUAUACCUGUGAUACUUCUCAUGGAUCCUCCAGUUUUGUGUGACUUGAUUUAAUCUUAUCUAGGGAUAAUUUGAUCUCUCUGAACCCUACUUGCCUCUUUAUUUUGAUGGCAGUAAUUUAAUCGGGAUUUUCCAUAAGCCUCCCAUUCUCUGCAAACACAUUGCUGGGUUUGGUUGGUUGGUUUGGUGUUUUAAUUAUAAUAAUGUAGUAGCACUUACAGGUUCAGGGCAUCCAGCAUGCCCUAAGCUUGAGGUGCAAAACAGAGCAAGGAAUAUUGGGGCAAAAUUGAUUUUUGUUUAUCAGUUUUACUUCACUGAAGUAAAAGCUCCAUUUUAACUGUUAAAAGAGCGCAGCAUCUGUUUCCUCCUUUUUACCUAAAUUGUUUGGUUUUGUACAAAGGAAGAAAACUCAGACUUUUGAAAAGUUCAUGUUAAAACCAAGCAGUACAAAGGUAUACUAUAUGGUUGCUUAGUGUACAACUUUUUCUUUUCUUCGCGUAAAAAAUUCUGAGGCUCAUGGUAUGUAUUCUUGUGAGGGUUUUUUUUAAGGCACUCUAUCUCAGAGGUAGCAUGUGUAUCAGGGGAGGCAGGGAUUGCUAUGGUAAGUACCCCUGCUGCAAAUAAUAGGAUUUGGGAAUUAUUUUCAGUCCAAAACAUAAGGGAAAAAAAUGUCUAAAAGUGACCUUGUCGUCUGAAUUAACUUCCAUGAGAUUCCACUUUAAAAUGAUAUGCCCAGUAUUAUCAUUUUACUGCCAAAAACUGGGAACACUUCCAAAUUUUGACUUAGAAAUUAUUGUACUUCCAACUGAAAAAAAAAAAAAAGAAGCUUUUUGAAGUACUUCUUUUUGUUGAAUACUGUAAUAGAUGGCUCUGUAAAAUCCUGAGUAAAUGGCCAAGACCGCAAGUUCGAGCUGCCCCCAAGGCAGUCUUAUCUUACACACAGGCUUUUAGAAGAUUUUUGUUUUGUUCUUGAAUGUGUGUAGUUUAUGUGUUUCAUCAGAAGAUGCCUGGUUUUUUGCCUGACUCUACACCCCCAUGUCAAUACCACUCAGGUUCACAAGGGGAGUUAGCCGCGGGAUUUGUGCUGUGCUGAAGAAGAAAGAUUAUCUUUCCUGUAGGGUGGGGGGAAGCGCAUUGUGCACAUCUCUAAAGUAGAGACUGCGGGAAAAAAUGGAGAGGGCAUAACUUUUCAAUAUACAAUAGCAUUCCUAAGUUAAUAUAGCAUGCUGGAAUGUAGUGGAACAUUUUAUUAUUCGGCAAUCGUUUUUCUUUACGUCUUGUAAAUAAAAUGUUCCUUGUCUUAACGGGCAUUCGGCAACAGCAGGGUAGGUUUCUAAUCAGCCACACAAACCACUGCUCUAAGUGCACUUGAUAGUGUCUCCAGCAAAUAGCUUUAGAAAAUAUCCUUCGUAGCGUACGUACCCUCAUGUGAGGAUUACCUGCAAUGAUACGAAACAUCCUCAUACAUUCAGGCAGCCUCGUGUGCCUCUGAUCUAUCCCGGCUUUCACCGUCCCUGUUUCUGAAAUGGCCUUUCUGCCUCCUGAUCGCAACAUGAAGCAAAAAAGUGCCAUCUGGACACUGCAUGCUAAAAAGUCAAAGAUCUGUACACUGUAUUAUGCCCAAAAGGACAUUUUCUUGUCAGUUAAGCUGCCAUGUACUUUAGUCUGUCACUGAUAACUAACAAAAUUACAGUAUGGUAAUUUUAAUUGGAAGCUAUCCAUUUUUAUCCCUCAGGUUUUCCUUUUAUUCCCCGUGGCAAUCUUCUCCUGCAGCAGGCAGGCUCCCUGGCCGCGGCGCAGGCGUGGGCAGAGCCCGGUGGGAGGCCAGCGCGCCGGGCACGGCGGUGUCCGGCUGCCAGGGCGCCGCGCCGCCACCGCUGCCUGCCAGCUCUGCCAGAGCCACCGAUCCGAGCUCAGCCCCGUGUGUCCUUCCCCUAAUUCCUUAAUUCGGCUGCAUUUUUACUCACCUGGAGUCCCACAAAGCCAUUUGGCAAUUAAGGUUAUAGAGGAAAAGAGGCGGUCCCCCCUGACUGCUGGAUGUUGGGAAGAUGCUGAUAUGGGCCAAGAAGGGGGAACAAUGGGGUUAGAUGGAGAAAGUGAACAUUUCCCUGCUGGAAAGCUGAGGGCAGCUUUGGUGUACCACGACCAAGGCCAUCUCAGAGGGUGAAGAGCUGGUUGCCUUUGUUGUGGAUUUUGACUCAAGGCUGCAAGCUGCCAGUCAGAUGACACUCACAGAAGGCAUGUACCCCGCCCGCCUGCUGGACUCCAUACAGCUGCUCCCGCAGCAAGCUGCCAUGGCAUCUAUUUUGCCUACAGCUAUUGUGAACAAGGACAUAUUCCCUUGCAAAUCCUGUGGCAUUUGGUACCGAAGUGAGCGGAACCUGCAGGCCCAUCUCAUGUAUUACUGCAGUGGGAGGCAAAGAGAGGGGCCACAGCUGUCAGAGGAGAGUGAGGACAGUGCUCAGCAGAUAUCCAGUGUCUGCCCCUUUCCACAGUGCACCAAAAGCUUUUCAAAUGCAAGAGCUCUGGAAAUGCACCUAAAUUCUCACAGUGGAGUGAAAAUGGAAGAAUUUCUCCCACCCGGUGCUAGUCUGAAAUGCACAGUUUGUACUUACACUGCAGAUUCAGUGAUUAACUUUCAUCAGCACCUGUUCUCGCAUCUUACUCAAGCUGCCUUUAGAUGCAAUCACUGCCAUUUUGGCUUCCAAACUCAGAGGGAGCUACUGCAGCACCAAGAGUUACAUGUCUCUGGCAACAAAAUUCAGAGAGAAAGUGACAUUGAACACUCUCCAAGUGGAAAUGAAGAAGGUUUACAGCCAGCAACGGACCUGUUGAGCAGAAAUGAUGUUCCCCAGAGCCAAAAGACCAUGCAGACUAAAGAUGCAAGUUCUGAUACAGAGCUUGAUAAAUGUGAAAAAAAGGCUCCACUUUUCCUUCCAAACCAGAGGCCAGAAACCCAGCCUGCAGCAAAUAAGCAGAGUUUUUCAUAUACCAAAAUAAAAUCUGAACCAUCCAGUCCAAGACUUGCUUCAUCACCAGUUCAGCCUAAUAUUGGUCCUUCUUUCCCAAUGGGACCUUUUCUUUCCCAGUUUGCUUUUCCCCAAGACAUCACUGUGGUUCCUCAGGCUUCAGAGAUAUUAGCCAAAAUGUCAGAACUGGUCCAUCGGAGGCUGAGGCAUGGAAGUAGCAAUUAUCCACCUGUAAUUUACAGUCCUUUGAUGCCUAAAGGGGCUACAUGUUUUGAAUGCAACAUAACAUUCAAUAAUUUGGACAACUAUUUGGUACACAAAAAGCAUUACUGCAGCAGCCGAUGGCAGCAGAUGGCAAAGUCACCAGAUUUUUCCAGUGUUCCAGAAAAAAUGCCUGAAGCUGUAAGUCCCAGUAAUGGUCAAAGCUCUAUAAACAUCCUGAAUCCAGCUCCUCACACAUCAGAUCCAGAAAAUCAACUUCUGCAGACAUCUUGCUUAAACUCUUCCAAUGUUUUAGAUUUGAUUGGGCCAAACAAUAAAAGUCAUGAAAAAGACUUUACUGCACAGCCUAAGAAGUUGUCAGCUGCAAGCAAUGGUGAUGAGAAGAUAAAUGGAAAACCUUCUGAUGUGAAGAAUCCCAAUGCUCCCUUAGUAGAGGGGGAGAGUGACCCUAACAAGACCACGUGUGAAGCUUGCAAUAUUACUUUCAGCAGACAUGAGACCUACAUGGUCCACAAGCAGUAUUACUGUGCCACUCGCCACGAUCCCCCGCUGAAGAGGUCCGCUUCCAACAAAGUGCCUGCCAUGCAGAGAACAAUGCGUACUCGGAAGCGAAGGAAGAUGUAUGAGAUGUGCUUACCAGAGCAAGAGCAGAGGCCACCACUAGUUCAACAGCGAUUUCUAGAAGUUGCUAAUCUUGGCAAUCCUUGUACAUCUACUCAAGAGUCAACGGAGGGUCUUGGGGAAUGUUACCACCCACGAUGUGACAUCUUUCCAGGAAUAGUCUCGAAGCAUCUGGAAACAUCACUGUCUAUUAACAAGUGUGUUCCAGUUUCAAAGUGUGAUACUGCCCACUCCACCGUGUCUUGCUUGGAGAUGGAUGUGCCAAUAGAUCUCAGUAAAAAAUGCUUACCCCCAUCAGAGAGGACGUCCACUUCUCCCAAAAGGCUGCUGGACUACCAUGAGUGCACCGUAUGCAAGAUCAGUUUUAACAAGGUUGAGAACUACCUGGCUCACAAGCAGAAUUUUUGUCCUGUCACUGCUCAUCAGCGUGGUGACCUGGGACAACUUGACAGUAGUAAGGUGUUUCAAAACCCAGAAAGUGAAAGAAACAGCCCAGAUGUCAGUUAUGAAAGAAGCAUAAUCAAAUGUGAAAAAAAUGGAAACUCAAAACAGUCCUCUCCUAAUGGAAACUUAUUUUCCACACACUUAGCAACACUUCAAGGACUGAAAGUCUUUAGUGAAGCGGCCCAGCUUAUUGCUACAAAAGAAGAAAACAAACAUUUGUUUCUUCCACAAUGCCUUUACCCUGGAGCAAUAAAGAAAGCUAAAGGAGCAGAUCAGCUUUCUCCAUAUUAUGGAAUAAAGCCAAGUGAUUACAUUUCUGGUUCUCUCGUCAUUCAUAAUACUGAUUUAGAUCAAAGCACAAAUACAGAAAGUGAAUCUCCUAAAGGCCAGGCACCUUCAAAUGGAUGUGCUGUGCAGAAGAAAGAAUCUCUUCCACUACUGCCGAAAAACCGAGGCAUGGUAAUAGUUAAUGGGGGACUAAAACAGGAGGAAAGACCUGCUGCUAACCCACAGCAAGAGAACAUUUCCCAGAAUCCUCCACAUGAAGAUGGGCACAAGUCUCCUUCUUGGAUCUCUGAGAAUCCCUUAGCUACAAAUGAAAACGUCUCUCCAGCAAUUCCUACAGCAGAGGAACAGUUGUCUAGUAUAGCUAAAGGUGUGAAUGGCUCUACCCAGGCUCCAACCAGUGGAAAGUAUUGCCGACUGUGUGACAUCCAGUUCAACAAUCUCUCAAACUUUAUAACUCACAAGAAGUUUUAUUGCUCUUCACAUGCAGCAGAACAUGUCAAAUAAAACAAUCGGUCACCUUUGGUACAUGUGUUAGCAUAUUGUUCCAUGCAGUUUAAAGAAAGCUGUUUGAAUUACAUCUGGACAAUCAGGAGAUUUCACUAUUGCUGAGUUGAAGACUUAAAGGUGUAAUUUCAUUACAGUCCAUUAGUAAAGUGUAUUAUUGGUGCCAUUUUCAAAAAUAUUAAUUUAUUUUACCAGCAGUAUUCAUAGCUGUAGUUAUGUUAUUUUUUAUUUAAAAACUUUAUAUUAAAGUCAUUUGUAAUGUUAUUGUAUAGUUAUUGUGUAGCACAUAUGGUUUGCACUGUAUAGUAGAUUUUAAAGAAAAUAGUCGCAAACAAUACAGAAAAGCAUUUUAGAAAUAGCUUCAAAAGCACUUGUGUAUUCUGAUUUUUUUUCUUAUAUGCUGUUGCAGAUAUAUGUAUAUGCUAAAAUAUAACUUGCAAAGAAGUUUCAACUAUGCUGUAAAGUUCGCCUUAAAAUUUCAAUUUUUUUGAACAAUUGGGCUCAGUUUGCACUUUAUAUUUUAGCACAUACAGUACCUUAGUCAUUAGGCUUUGCAUUUGUAUGUAGCAGUAUGUUUCUGUCCACUUUCUUAAUCUGAAACGUACGUUAAAUGAAGAUGGCAUUUUCUUUCUUGUAUAGUACUUGUAUUUUCUUUCGCUGAUGCAUCUCUGUCUCAAUUUUUAAACUUUGCUGUUAAAUGCAAUACUUUAUAAAGAAUGAACAAAAUUACUGGAAGCAGUAUUGUAAGAAAUGAGGUCAUAUCAAUCAGUUUUAUCUUUUGAAAGGCACAGUCUAAAACAAAACCCUAAACUCAAUGCUGCAAUUAUGAAUCUAAUUCAUAUAUAAGAUAUAUUUAAAUAUAAGAGUAGCAAUACUGCAACUGGUGAUCACAAAGAUAAUGUUCUACUUCUGAUAGAAAUAAUUUCUCAACAAAUGUUGUUACUAUGCAUGUAUAUGGAUGGAAUAAAAUUCCAGAUAAUUGGA